GAUUUCAUUCGUUGUUCUUCACAGUGUUUCACUUUGAUGGCAUCGCAUUGCGAAUCACAGAUUUUUUUUUGUGUUUUUAGUGUUAAUGAAAAACAAUAAUUUGUGUUAUAGUAUUAAAAACGACAGACAAAAAGAAUAUUAUAAAGUUCGUGGAACUUGUCUUACAUUAAAGAUGAAGAAAAUAUUUUUCAUUUUGUGACCUUUUUACUUUUCCAAGUGUCAAUAUGGAUUCUAAAUGAUUUAAAAUACAGUAGUGAAAAGUGAUUUAUAAACGUUUUAUGACCUAUUUUUUUAUACAAUGGGGCCGAAAAAGGCUCCGCCAUAAAACUAUUAGACCCUGUUUGUUUUGCCCGCCAUAAAACAAUUAAGAUAAGAUUGAUGACAAUAAUUUACAAGAAACAAAUAGUCGAGGAUGGUGCAGUGGUUCUGGAACAAAGUGAGGGCAUCGAGCGAUGAUCGGAGGGUGGAAAGCGAUGCAAGGUGGGAUCACUUUUCGUCUGCUGGUACAUCGGCAGAUUAUCGGUUGGUCGCGUUCAGCUAGUAAUCGGGUGGCUUAUGUGGCGUGUGAUGUGUGUACGAUAUGUCCGGCAAGCCGGCGAGUGUGGCCGCGCCGCGAGCGGGCGUGGCUGGCGCGCCGCGCGUGCUGGUGUACGUGGCGGAGGCGCGCCAGCUAGAGGCGGCCGCCGCGGGCCCAGACCCGCCGCCGCAGACCCAUCCACCGCUUGACACGCUCUACCUCCACGACAACGUGUCUCAGCAUCUGGCUCUCCCCAGGAAUACACUCUAUCGACAGCAAAUUGAACAAAACGAUCAAGGAAGCACACCUGGUACAGUUUACUAUAAGCCCUUUAAUGAUUCUGAAGCCAAAUUAAAUUCUUUCGAGUCAUCUGAGACCAUCACAGCACACCGGGAUGAAUAUUUCACUGCUACACAAUCAUAUUUAAAAGAUAAUUGUAUGCGGAAUGAUGAUAAUAAGGCUAAUGAUAGGCCGAGCAGUGCAGCUGUGAAGACGGACUGUGAGAAUCCAGACUGGAGUAACUUAGAUUCAUACAAUGUUCGGUUACCAUUGCAGAUAGGGGAGUUAAGUGCAUACCAGACAAGAUGUGGUCCUAUGAGUGCAGAUAAUAUGCCACCUAUGUUACCAGUAGUGCAUGGUCAGAGCCAGUUCAAUGAUAAUGGUGCGGUGCAAAGUGGUGAUAAUGAUGGAAUGAACACCGGUGAGCGAGAGGUAUCAGUGGGGAAGAGUUUUGUGAACUACCAGUUAUUAGAACAAAGUGUGUCACAUCAAUCCAUUGUGAAUCAGAGUAUAAAUAUACUGAAUCAGCAAAUUGGUGUGAGUAGGUCGAUAGUUAGUGAAGGAGAUGGUGGUAGCGCACCACAGCUUGUCCGGACAGCUGACGGUGUGGUACUGGCAGUGCUGCCAUCAUCUGUUCUUCCUCAGUCAUCAGAGACAUCUGAAGUGAGGAAUGUGCAUAGUGAAUUUCCACAAACUAUAACUGUGCCACUUGGUUGGAGAAGAAUUGUGAAUGGUUCAUCAGUUCUAUAUAUCAGUCCCAGUGGAACAGCGUUGAGUAACCUAGCCCAGCUACGGGAGUACUUGCAAACGACGGGUACGUGUAAGUGCGGCCUGCCCUGCCCUCUGAGACCGGAGACAGCCUUUAGUUUCGAUUCUAAGGUUGUGAGCAAGCCGUAUCAAGUGGCGGCCGGCGCCGAGUUGACCAAGUUGUGUAACCACAAACGGAAACUUCUGGCGUCGCUUCAGUCGCGCGUCCAGUCGCCCGUCACGCCGCCCCCGCAGGCGAUCGACCAGAAGAAAGGGGCAGCAUCAGAAACUAAGAAGAAAAUGAAGAAGCGUCCCGGAUACGUGCCGACUAUGAGCGUUUCGCAAAUGAUGGUGCAAAGGGAUAGACCCCUCAAUGAGUUCAAGCCUGAUGUCGACCAAAAGAGGACGGCGUCUCCAGGAGCUAUGACACAACGAUCUAGUAAUAUGCAACAUUGUUUACCGUAUCCGCAACAGAAUAUGUCAAAUGUAGUACAAGAAGAUAUAAAACAAGAAACACUUGUGCAAAGAAGCUCACACUAUCUUACAGUUAGUAGUGGUUGGAUAACUCAGCAUCCAGAGAACAUUGAAUCUGGGCAGAAACACAACCAACAAAUGCCAGGUCCAUUGAGUAACCCUCUUAAUAUGGGUCUCCCAGUUCUUGGAACGAACGGACAAGUCAUAGGUGUAAAUACUGCUUAUAAUAAGCAUUCUUCAAAUGCAAAAAAUACAUCAAACCUCACGCCGCACGUAACGGAACAAGAGCAUAAAGAAGAAGAGACUGAUAUGCAGACUAAUAAACAAACACCUAAAGAAGAAGAAUCACAAAUAUUCUGUGGCUUAAACCAACCUCUCACACCAGAGGUUAUGCAAAAGAUAAACGAACAGCAGCAAAUAUUCAUUCAAAGAAACCAGAAGCAGAUUGAGGUUAUGAAGGGAUAUAAAACGCAGAUUUCAGAUAGUUUAAAUCAGAGCAAGCCGCCGAUGCAAAGCCAAUAUGUUCAGCAAGGACAAUUAGUAAUACAAAACGGAACCGUCGUUAAAACUAACUCUGCGAAAACACCUCCAUGGCAAGUUAAAAGAAACGACUCGAAUACUCCUAAUUCUAUACCAUGCCCGAGCCCAAAGUUACAAAAAGUUGAAAAUUUGGAUUACGAUGAGAACAAUAUGAAUUCAAUGGAUGAAUCAUCAUCCUCUGCAGGUUCUUACUCCGGUAAUGAACAAAUCUUAAAUCCAGUUAUGUGCUCGCGUGUUCCGCCAUUACCGCAACACUAUAAUAUGAUGGGCCAACAAUGGCCAAACGUUGAACUUAAGAAGAGAUCUAAGAGUAACAACAAAACACCUAAGAAAAAGUCCAUACCAAACGAUAAACCAAUGAUGUUUGGUAAUAAUGGUAUCAGACAAAUACAAGAUCCGAAGGGAAAAUCUUGUGAUGACGGGACGAGAAACGCAGUUCCAUCGUUUAUGGACGAUCCCAGUGGAUACUUAGCACAACAAACAGUUUUGUUAAAUAACACAAUUUCGAGACAAGUGGGCAUUAACACACGAUACAAUGUUAAUCAUUUUGAAAAUACUGGCAGUACGUUUAAUUCAACGAAUCAAGGUGAUAAAAUUUGUAAACCCAUGAGUAGGUCCGGUGAGCCCAUGAAUGUUUUUCGAAAUAAUAUUGUACCAAAUUCUUCACCAUCACCAAACAAUACUCCUGAUAGUAGUCUCGUUCCGGAAAAAAGUAUUGAAAACACAGUUCCACCUUGCUGUAAGGGUUGCAACGUUUCAUACAAAGGGAACUGCUCAGAUACAUCAGAUACAAGAACGAAAUUUUUAAAUAAACAGCAUAAUGUUUAUGGUAUAGAACUGGAAAGUGGCGUAGCUACAUCGAGUCCGAAACAUGGAUUCGACGAUAAUCCAGUAACAUCUUCGACAUACAUUGAGCGCAAUCUUAUGUUGAAUGAUAACUGCGGGCCGAUUCAAGCCGGCGUCGUGAGCACUAGUAAUGUGUCUCCUAACGAUACAUUACAGCCGCCCGAACCUUCGCCGACUUUAUCUACUAGCUCUCGGAAUACGGACACUCCUCACAGUAGCGGUGGUAAUUCUCAAUUGCAGAAUAAUUGCACAUUCCCCGUACCGAGCCCAGCCUAUUCUAAUCCAAGUUCGAGUAGGGAUAACUUUAGUAGUAAUCCCUCCACACCCGGCAGUAGUCAAACAUAUCCAUACAGUUCGCCCGGGCCGCCCGUUAGUCAGGCUAUAUCUGGCAAUCAAGUGAUGCAUUUCAUAUCAAAUCAUAAUGUUAAUAAAAAUCUCAUGGAAGUGGAUAACAUAUCAAUGGUGGGAGUCAAACCGGGGUUGAGAAAUCAGCAAGAGUUGUUUAGGUUAGAAUCCAAGAAGAGAAUAGAGAAUACAAUGCCUGGAUACUGUCCGCCGCCACAUUUGGGGGGAGGUCCAGCUCAUUCUCUGAUACAGGCCUGUUAUAUACAGACAUUUGUAACAACAAUGGCGAGUGGAUUUUCCGUUACUCGAGAUACUGUAACAUCUGUUCUAGCAGGCAAAGCCAAUACUGCAACUACGUCUAUUAAUGCAUCACAAGCUAAUUUUGUUAGACCUCCCCCGCCGCCCAGUGUGAAUAUGGCCACGACAUACGCUAUACCGAACAAUCAACCAGAUCCAUUCUUAAAUUCUGUUAAUCUACCGACCAGUUAUCCGUUACACAUCGCCGGCACGACCGCCCAGAACAUGAUAACGAAGUCUCCUCUGGAAAUGGUUCAGAACGUUAUUAGUAGUCUGCCAUCGAAGCCGGAAACGAGCAACGCACAACCGACAUCGAUCAUUCAAAGAAGAUCCUGUUCGAAUACUCCCGGACAAAUAUUAAUAUCUUCGACUGGGCAAAUAAUCGUUUCCAAUAAUCAAAUGCCGCCGCCUCCUCCUAAGAAUACUACAGCACUGUCACCGAUAGGGUCAAAUGCGGUGACCAAUGUAACCACGUCGGUGACUCAAGUCGUUCCCGCUGUCGGAGGAGUACAACCAAUGGUAAAUCAACCAACGGUAGUGGUGAAUACACUGCAGACGCCAUUCGUCAUUCAGCCUCCCAUGAUGACUGUUGAGGGCCAAGUUGUACAACAAAACACCGUGCUUCCGCAAAUAGUAACCGGAGGAAUAGUUUCUGGGCAGCAAACUACCGAUAAUUCGAGACAGAUCGAAGUUAAGAAUGGCCAGGGUUUCGUUCAAGGCGUCGCUAUGCUGUCACCAGAGAGUCUAAAGAAGAGAAGUAAGAAAAAGAAGAAUCAGACCCCCAACAUUACAAACGUAUUGCAAAUUGCAGCUCCACAACAGAAUCCGAACAGCCUCAUGGUGCAUCACUCUUCACCCCAGCAUAAUUCUAGUCCGCAAUUUUCACCUCGUGGAUUUCAGUUGUCGCCUACAAACAACAUAUCACCUACGCCGAUGUUGCAAGCGCUCACCAUAGUCCCGGGUAAGUCGGGCACGCCAGCGCAUAUAGUGAUGAACGGCCAAGGGAACACAAAUAACUUCGGAUCACAACAAAUUAUAGCUAACACAUCACCAUCACAACAAAUCAAUUUGCUGCAGCCCGUGAACCUAAUUAACAAUGCGAGCAAUGUCAUGUCGAACUUCCCAGCGUUUCAACAAUUCAUUUUGCCGAAUCUCGGUGGAAUGGUCAUGACCGCGGAUGGAACGGCCAUUAUCCAAGAUAAUUCUACGGGAAUGCCGAUGCAGUUACAAUUACAGACCGUUAACGGUCAAAACGUUUUGACGCCGGUCCAAAAUUCUGGCCUGUUCACCGCCGGUGCCAAUAGCGGCGUAGUGAUCAGAGCUCAAAACCAACAGGGUAAGAUUAUACAAUCACAGCACAGCCCCGGUGCUCAAUUUCUGUCUCCGAACAGUCAAGUCAUGGUGAACAGUCCGAACUUUAACGGUCAACUGAGUCCACUGCUCGCCAAUCUGAGCCCUACGAACGUCACAUUCAAUACGAGUCCACAGAUGAGGUCGGGAAACGUCCAGACUCAGGAGUUCAUACAGACCAAUCAACUCGGGCAGACGCUGAUGGUUCCGCUGUCCCCCAAACAAGUUCCCAUAUCCGCGACGGGCAACCGGACAAACUCGACGUUCGUUCAGAACACGACCAUCGUGCAGCAGCAGACGACGCUCGUGUCGAACUCCCACAACGCGCAGAUGUCGUCGAUGAACCUCCAGGGGGGAAACUCGAGACUGAGUAUAGAUCCCAACGUUCUACUCAAUCAGAAGUCGAUAACGAAUCAGAAGAGGUUCAGCCAGACGGUCGGGGAGGGCGCCGCCGUGGAGUUCAAAGACGACAAGAGCCUGGGGCCCUUCGAGCCGCCGGCGAAGGACGACAAGGCCGACGGCGCGGGCGGCGUGCGCCACUCCGUGUCGACGCAGACGCUGGGCCAGCGCGGCGGGAAGUCCCCCAGCGCGGCGGCCGGCUCGCCGCCCGACACCACGACGCUCAGCCCGCUGGGCGCGCUGGACGCCGGCAGCCCGCGCCUGUACGCCGCGCCCUACGCCGACACCACCACCUCGCCCGAGCCCGCCGACGGACACGCCUCGGCCAUGGUGCAGUGCGUGUCGAGCAGCGAGCAGGACAUGGCGGAGGCGCGCGAGCGCUGGGCCGAGCGCCCCGACGCCGACUCGCACCAUAUGAUAUCAAACAUACAAUUGAUGCGACUUAAUCGCGCUCACAAUCCGGUCGAGUCGAGCGAAAUGCAAUACAAUCAAAACAUGAACUCAUCCGGUAACAGCCAACACGUUUUACCGAUGACGUCGAGUCUUUAUGAUCGACCUCAAAGCUAUAAGAGAAAAAAUGACUUCGGCGACGGUUCCUCGUACAGGAAUGACAAAAUUAUGAGAACUAAUUACGGGAUGGUGCACGGCUUGCAAAAAGAUUAUGACACAAUGGCCGUCAAUCAAGAUAAACAGCAAGGGAGACGUUUUUCUCCUUCAGGGAGCAACUCUGAAAGUUCCAACGUUCAGAAAGUCUUUGAUAGACAUUUAGGUUCCGGGGACGAUGCGGAGCGCGCGCGGCGGUUCGCCGUGGGGGACGUGGUGUGGGGCCCCGUGCGCGGGCACGCGUCGUGGCCCGGCGCGCUGACGGCGCGCGGCGCGGGCGGCGCGUGGCGCGUGCGCUGGUUCGGGCGCGGCGCGGGCGCGGCCGACGCGCGCAGCCUGCUCACGCUGAGCGAGGGGCUGGAGGCGCACCACGCCGCGCGCACCCGCCACCGGAAGAGCAGAAAACUGAACACCCUCCUCGAGAACGCGAUACAGGAGGCGAUGGCGGAGUUGGAUAAGAAGUCCGAGCGGAGGCGAGCUUCGAGCGCGGACCGGGCCGAGGUGCCGUCGGGGGAGAUCGCCGAGACGCCGAGGCGCAGCGGGGCCCACGGCAAGGCGAGGAGCAAGCACAGGAGGGCCCCGGCGAAGCUCGACUCCGCGCGCCUGCGGAGCUCUCGAUGACGGACUCCGGUCGACCGAGGAAGUUCCGGAGGAGCCCAUCAGUAGCCACGGAGAUUUUAAACGAUUAGUGUCGGACAUUAAAGUUUUCUUACGUCAAUAAAAUAGUAUAUAAUAAAUAUGAUAUCUUUCAACAUAUAAAAUACAGUAAGAAGUUUUAAAAUACAUAAAUCUUAAUAAAGUUUCGUACGAUUAAAUAAGGCUAUCGUUUUUGAGUCGUGUACUGAAGGAAGGUCCUUUACUACGUGAUCGACUCCGAUUAUUAAACAAUAGAUUUUUCUUAUUACUAAAUAGGGACAUAUUUAUCUAGCUUAUACAAAUAAAUAUAAAUGUCAGUAGCAGAAUUUUUAUUCCCGGAAAUAUUUCUCCGACAGUCAACACUCGGAGCGAAACAGUCCAGAGUAACGAGUCUAUGUAAAUAUUUAAGAUUUCGGUGUUUUAAAAAAUAAAUAAAAAAUAAUAAUAAUAAUUGAUAGAAAUUUUAGCAGCUAGAUAUAGACGUGAUUUAAUCACUCAUAUACUUAUUAGGUUAAGGUGAUGAACUUUACGAGUUGAACAUCAGUCAUCGGUGACAGGAUGAAGAGAUUGUCUAUACAUUACGCAUAAAUGAAAGUUGAAUUCAUUUCGUGACAAACGUGCCCUCACAUAGUGACGGAUGUUUCUCAAUAUGUAAAAAUAUUCGGCGAUUUAAAUAUUGUUAACCGCCUCUCUGGAUACUGAUUGUCGAUUCGUAAUGGUAUGCCGUCCUUUUCUCUCUCGGUGUGUAUGAAAGAAAUGUCGGUUACGUUUUAUAUCGAAUGGAUGCCAGUGUCGAGAGAGGCGGUGCUCUAUCAGCCCCGUACCCGCAACGAGGGUACUUUAGGGUAUUUUAUCACAAUUUUCAUCGACAUUUUGUACAAUGUUAGUAACAUGUAAAUUAAAUAAGAGUGUGCUAUAUAUAUUGUGUACAUUUUUAUGUUUUGUUAGAAAAUAAAAACAUGAUUUCUAGUCAAAAUAUUGAGCAUAUUAAAAUGUAGAUAACGCGGAUGAGAUAAUUGACAAUAAACGGGCCUCAAGAGCUACUUUUUACAUUAAUAAAUGCAGUAUUUAUUUACUUUCGGACAGUAUAAUUGUUUGCUAUAAUGUUUAAAGUACUUUUGUUAAUAUAAAAGACUAUAGUUUUUAAGGUUGAUGCUGCUAGAACUGUCGAUACGAUGGCAACACUACGGUUCGAGUUCAUAUAGAACAGUGCGCAUAUCAUUCGUACUUGUUUGAGAGUGUUUAUAAGUGUUGCUAUGUCAAAGUCAAUGCAAUGUCGGAUCGGAUUGUAGUGAUGACUGCAUUUUAACCGACUCACAAAGGAGAUGAUGACUAUAAGUCUUAAAUGAAAUAUUUUUAUCAGCGAUAUUUAAUAAUUUGAAUAAAGACAUUUCAUUUGAGUAUAAUUAAAUCUCAAUUUAAUAUAUUUUGAAGUAGAUUAUAGUUUUUUUUUUUUUGUUAAAAAGUUAUUAUUUUAACACAUUUUAUACAUACGAUACUAAAUAUAAUAUUUAUACCAAUAAUUAAGGCCUAUACGCGUUGUUAGUAGAUAUAGUUUCCAUGACAUUUUAAAAUGUAUCAAACAUUAGGCCAUAAAUGUCAUCGAAUGAGAACAAAAUUUUUUAUUAUUGAUUGUGAUAAAUAUAUUUGAAUAUCGACUUUAAACGUACAUUCGAGAUUUGAAUAUAUACCGUAAGCUGAUAUUAAACGAUCAUCACACGACUGUACCUCGAGAAAUUUAACAAUUCCUCACUAAAAGUGUCGCUAUAUAAAUUAAGUUACGUUCUUCGGUACAAGGGAGUCUUUAAUUUAAAACAUUUCUAAAAUGCUUUUUAAUCACAAUAAAUAAUAUUAUAUAGAUAAUAAAAAUUAAAUGUUUCUUUCUAAAAAAAUCGUAGCUAGAUUGAUUAGAUCAUGUCACGCAUGAAUAAUUUUUUUUUUAAAUAGAUAAUUUGUUGUCAACGGUCGUUGUUAGAUGAUAUUUACUUGUAAAAUUAAUUUAUAAUGUAUCGAGCUCGACGACGGCUUGCUGUUUUUAUUUACAUGUAACUUAGAUUCCACUUACGACAUGACUAGUUGUUAUAUUGUUUAUUGAAAUCGUAAUAACACUCCGAUGAGGUAUUAUGUACAUAUUAUUCUAACUGUAGUUAUGUAUAGUAUUGUAUUUCAAUGAAAUUAAUGUUUUAUAGACUAAUAACUGUACAACAUAAGAUUAUUUAUUUGUUUUUAUGUGUACAUAUUUUUUUUUUCAAUAAAAUGUACCUGUUUUUAA